GGGCAUUUUUCUGAGGCUAUGUAAAUAUUCUGUAUUGCUAUUUUAAACUUUAACUGAUCUGAGAAGACAAACAUUAGUAGGUAUCUUGUUGGAGGAAGUAAUGUUGAAGAAUCUUUAAAAAAAAAGGGAAGGAUGGAAAGAGGAAGUAAAAUGUUGUAGUUAAUGAAUAACAGCCAGCAGUUGAACUCAAAGGUCUCGCCACACUGCAAGGCCUGCUGGGAAAAUGUUUUAGCAGGCAGAUUAGCGAGUGGGAGAUAAACUUGCUGAUAGAAAUAACCGGAAGAAGAGAGGAGCACCCUGUCGCCCACCCUGCUGGAUUUCCUGCUCUCUGUCCCAGCAUCUCCCCCGGUGCCCCGGCCUCAGCUGCCUCCCAAUGGGCAAAGUCAAGGACAACGCAGGGCCCUUGGCCCGCAGGCCGGAUAACUCGGCCUUCAAACAGCAGAGGCUGCCCGCUUGGUCUCCGAUGCUAACAGCUAGCACAGUUCUGCCGUUCUUCUACUGCUUGGCGCUGCUGUGCAUGCUGCUGGGCGUGUGGCUGCUGAUCACGGUGCAGGGCACGCAGGAGCUGAAGAUGGACUACACGGAGGCCGGAACGUGUGACAGGUGCUUUGAGAAGCGUCAAAACGUCAGCAACGCACUGCAGACCUGCGACUGCCAAGUCAUCUUUCCCAUUGAAAAUACUUUAAAGGGAGAUGUCUUCUUCUAUUACGGCCUCAGAAACUUCCACCAGAACCUCCGCAGAUACAUGGACUCCAGAGACGACAGACAGAUGGUUGGCAGAAAGCAAAGCCUGAAGAACCCCAGUUCGUACUGUGAGACAUUUUCAAGGGACCAAAAUGGAGUCCCCAUUGCUCCAUGUGGCGCCGUGGCCAACAGCAUGUUCAACGACUCCUUCACUCUGGUGUAUCACAGACCUGAAGGCGUCGCCGUGCAGGUUCCUCUGUUCAGGAAGGGCAUCACCUGGUACACCGACAAGAACAUCAAGUACCGCAACCCACCGAAGGGCAACCAGACACUGGCACAGGCUUUCCAAGGCACCGUGAAGCCGCUGUACUGGCAGAAGCCUGUGUAUGAGCUGGACCCCUCUGACCCAAAUAACAACGGUUUUAUCAACGAUGACCUGAUCGUAUGGAUGAGAGAGGCAGCUUUCCCCAACUUCAAGAAGCUGUAUGGGAUUCUCGACCGCAGCUCCGAGCCUUUCCAAGAAGGACUGCCGGCAGGGAACUACAGCAUCCACAUCUCCUACAACUACCCUGUGCAGUAUUUCCGAGGCAGAAAGGAAGUGGUCCUGACCACAGUGAGCUGGUUCGGAGGUCAAAACCGUUUCCUGCCAGUGGCAUAUUUGGUCACCAGCAGCCUGGUUUUCCUCCUCGCUGUCAUCCUCACUGUCAUCUGGUGGAAUUUCGGUAAGGAUGGGAAGAACAUGGAGGAAUGACAUGGACAAUGUCCAGCAGGAUGCCGUGUCAUAGAAAGUAUGGGGCAGGGGGGGGUCCACUGGAUAUUUUUCUGUAUCAAUGUGUAAAUAGUUUGUGACUGUUUUUAUUAAGGUUAUUUUUCGCUGAUGGACCAAUUCCUGAUUGAUAAUAUUAUACUAUUGAAGUUAAAUGUCGUGGGGGGGGGGGUACUAGUUUUCUAUUUUCUUAAGGCUUUAUUUUCUCAUUUGACCACAUGGUGGCAGUGCUAAUGUUUAUUCUAUGUUGGGCUUCAACAAUAUUUCCCUUUUUGAUAGGUUUUCAUCUUAAGUCAAGUCAAUUUCAUUUGUAUAGCCCAAUAUCACAAAUAACAAAUCUGCCUCAAGGGGCUUUACAGCAACACAACAUCCUGUCCUUGGAGAUUUCUCAAUCAGGCUUAAUGCACAGAAUUCAAGAUAUGAAGUGUAAACCUUUGAUUUCAGAUGUCUUUUAUGUUCAGAGUGUUGCGUUUUCGAUUUCAGUCAUCAGUUGCAAAUUGGCAGCAUUUUUGAUAUGUGUAACACUGAAUUAAGCAGAAAAUAUUUCACCUUUUGCCCUUGGUAAUGUAUUUAAUAAAAGUGACACGUCAGGCAGGAAAUAGUUAACUGGUAGGGCCUCCUGGGAUACCUACAUCCACUUAAUCCCGUUCAGGCUCACAGGACAUAUAUAUAUAUGGCAGCAUGCAUGGGGUGGGAAGCAGAGCGAGAUCCUGCACGGAUCAGCAGUCACACGCACCUACGGGUGAUUUUGACGGAUAUUACCUGACUUGUGUGUGUCUUUGGACCGCGGGAGGAAAUCCACAGUGACACAAGAAGAACAAGCAAACUCCACACAGGUGACUGGAAGUGAACCCAGAAACCCGACAAAACCACCUCGACGCCCCGCAGGAAACCCGCUGUUCUAACCUCACACAGCAGCAUGAGGCGUGGUGAUAUAGUGGUUCACAAAAACAAGCUACCGAUCAGGUAACGAUACGCAAGUACGGACACGUUGCCGUUUGGUGACUGGUGUCUGGAAUGAUGUCUAGCCCUACAUUUUGGAACGAAAGUAAAAGCAGGCAUUUCUUUUUACCUCAGAAUUUCUAUGGAAUAAAUCGUUUAUUUGAGAAAAGAAAAACAGCUGUGAUGUUGGUACUUUCCAACUGGUAAAGGGGUUAUUUUUUAUCAUGUAACAGUACUGUAUAGGGAUUUUUUAGCAGUAACGAGAAUAAAUUGUCUAUAUAUCUGUUUUCACAUCAACACCUACAUGCAAAAUAUUGUGAAUAUAGUGCAAUAUAAACGAGAGGCAAUCUUCUUCUUUGGUGCCCGUCACAGGCCUGCUGUAAAGCAGUUUGUGUUGGAGUGCAAGUUUUGCAAUAAAGCCGU